AUGGCCCCGCCACACCGGACUGCAUCCACAGACUCUGCUUCUGAAGGCAUCAGGAAGAGAGUGUGCAAAGCUUGCGAUCGAUGUCGUUUGAAGAAGAGCAAGUGCGAUGGCUCCAACCCAUGCACGAGAUGCAAGAGCGAUAAUGCUGUUUGUGUAUUCGGUGAGCGUAAGAAGUCCCACGACAAGGUCUAUCCCAAGGGAUAUGUCGAGAUGUUGGAGCAGCAACAGACACAACUAGUCAGUGGUCUGGUGCUGCUGUACGAGAAACUACAGAAAGCUGGGGCCUGGGAAGGCCCUUCACUGGACGUCAACAACGAAGGCAAACCGUAUACCCAUUACAUCCUCCAGGCUUUGGACCUGCUCGAAACGAAAGCCGAUGGCUCGACCGAGGACUUUGAAGAUGAUCCCGUCAAAUUGCAGGACAAGCUGUUUGCUGAUGCACGUCACUCCUCCCAGCAUCAUCGCACCAAUUCAUUCAGCUCCGAGUCGGAACACAGUCAGCUCGGGCAUGGACGUACGCACUCGCACGGGACGCCCGUGAUAUCGCAGCCCACGCCCACUUUCCGGCAAGACUAUACGAUGGCUGCGAAAAGUGAACCUUCAUCGCCACCCGCGCAUAGCGUCGCAGGUCGCAGCAACAGGAAUUCCUUCCAAGUGCUCCCUGCGCAGCUCACGGACUUGCCAGGAGCCUCGCCGACGGCAGAGGACAUGCCCAUGUUUGAGUCCAACUGCCAGUCCUCGUGGCCGCAAUACAAUCCCGAUCACGACUCCAAAAUGGCCAUGCAGGCCAUACGGUCGGACUAUGCGAUUCAAGCGCCUACUCUGCAACAGCCUAUCAGCAUGCCGAACUUUGGUCAGUGGGAUCCCACCACCUACACUACUCAGGAUAUGGAUCAGGAGUCCUUUGCGCCAGGUUGGCAAGACGUAGCCGCGCACAAUACGUACUACAAUAAUGGUGCGAUGCGCCAUGGUGGAGUCGACUAUUCUUCGGCCAUGGAUGAUUUUGAUAUGUUGAACUUUGUCCCGAUCCAGACAUGA